CGCUCGACAUGUCGGCCCUGGAGGCGAGCCUGCGCCGCGCGCUGGAGGCGGCGGCGGCGCGCGCGGCCGCGGCGCGCGAGCGCAUCGACAGCGUCGCCGCCAGCGAGGCCGCGCUCGACGCCAAGCUCGAGCGCCGCCGGGCGGAGCUGCAGCGCGCGGAGAAGCGCCUGCACACCGUGCAGAAGAUCAAGCCGGCCUACCAAGGAGAGCUGACGGGGUUGGAAAGUGAGAUAGAGCAACUGUGGGACCAGUACGUGCUGCGAUACCGGUGCGUCGAAGCCCUGAAGCAUCAGCUUAGCGUGCUCGAGAGCGCGCAGGCCGAGGCAGCUGAAGAGCAGCAGGCUGCCAUCAUGCAACUUAUACAUAAAUAUGAAGCAGAAGAUGUCCUGGGCAAGCUGAGCGAGUCGGGUACCGAUGAAAUGGACUCCAGCGAUGAUGGAAAGGAUUUGAGCGAAGUUAGGCAGCCGCGGCCAGCGACUAGACCCAAGACAAGGCUACGAAUUAAGACAGCAGGCGGCGCGGCGGCGGAGGCCCGUCGGGCGUUCGGCAGCAUGGCGGCGGCGGCGCGGGACUCGGUCGACGACAUCCGCGACGAGGACGACUCGCGAUCCGACUCCGACUUCUCUGACCAGCAGCUUUACGGUGGCGCCGGCGGCGACGCAGCGUCUUCGCGCUGGUCGCGCCCGCGCCCGCGCCCCGCCACGCGCACGCUCGCCGCGGCGGACGACGACGACGACUUCGCUGAUCUCAUCGAAGGUGCUUCGGGCGGGGCCGGCGACUCGCUGGGCAGCUCGUCGGAGAGCGAGCUGCGGCUGGCGAGCGCGAGGCCCAGCGCCGCGCCGGGCCGCGCCUCCGCCUCCGCCCUCAGCGACAACGAGUUCUAGGCUCUAUCGUGCAAGCUGAACAAUAAACAAAUGUUACACAACAUCGCGUACUUUGCUCUGAUCCCCGAGUAAGGGAAAUCGGAAACAACAACGGUACCACAAACACCCUGCGCCUUCGCCUUCUUCAAUUUAUUAUAUAUAGUCAGAAGAAAAGUUAACAAGAGGAAAGGAAAGGGAACAGGCUGUGUCAAAAAUAAACAAUAUAAAAACAGGUACAACAGUAUAAAACAUUCUCUAAUUACGCAUUAACAAACAGUUCUGACACUUACCCCAAAAGGGCCUGAAGACAUACAUACAUCCAACGCUUAGAUUAGAUAGAAACAGAUUACGUGAGGUUGAGUUCACAUGAUGGAUCCAUACACAUGUUCUCAUUCUUCGGGAAUUUGGUGAGAGUGACGAUGAAAAGAAGAAAAGUGAGAAUGACGAGGCAAAAGAAUUAAGGAAUGAUUCAAAAUUUCAAAGUCGGUGGC